ACGAGUUCGCAAGUGGGAAACAAUUCAAGGAGCACUUGACUAUAGCAUUAACGUUACUGAAAACAAACCGAUAUAGAGGAUUUUGUUUUCCGUAAUAGGACCUUUACUUGCGUUUAACAUCAUUAUGAUCAUUAAUCCUCAUAUAUUUAUUUAUAUUAUAUAUACAUUUUAUUGAUUUAUAUUUAUAUUUAUAAUUGAUUUUACAUUUAGAAAAACUCACUGUCACAGUGCUCUGUGCAACAGUACUAACGGACUUCUUUUCCCAUCAGGCUUACCGGGAGAUUGGACAAUGUCUGGCCUGACUCUAGCUGACGAGACUGCUGGUGAUAUUCCUGUCCGGGACAUCACUUUAAACGUCAACGGGACAGGCAUACCUGCUGCAGAGAAAGAGUUGCUGUUUUCCCAAAAUGCCCGAGCCAGGCAAGCUGUGCCGAAGAUCAGCCGACAGGAGCUGGAGGACCGAUAUCUGCGCUUGCAGGAGGAAAACCUCCUACUUAAACAACACUCACACAAACAGGAGGACAAGAUCAAGAGGAUGGCUACCAAGCUGCUCCGCUUGGUGAAAGACCGUAAGCGCAUGGAGCAGGACUCUUCAUCAGGCCAUGUAAUAGCAGGUCGGAAUGUUGAGAUGGAGGAGAUGAUCGAGGAGCUGCAAGAGAAGAUUCAUGAACUGGAGAAGCAAAACAAUGGACUCAAGCAGCGUCUGCUCACAACAAAACAGCAGAUUCAGAACCAGAGUCGUAGACCAACCCGCUACAGUCACAUUCAAUCCCGCAUUAACUCAGGACUGUGCAGACAUCGGCAGGACACACCUGUACCACCUCAGCAGCCAGUAACACCAAGAGGAGGAACUAGACAAGUGGAGGGGGAAAUGAGCAGCAGACCCCCACAGGGGCUUUUACCUCGCUAUGGACACAGUCUUCUGGAUGAGGCUCGCUCAGAGAUGCGUAAUCUGGAGACUGUAAUAGAACUGCAGAGGGCUCAGUUGGAAGAGAUGGAGAGAUCAGCAGAGAUGUUGAGAGAGCAACUGUGGAUCAAGGAGAGAGAGUAUGAGGAAUCCCUCCUACAGCUAAGAGAGCAGCAGACCACUGGCCAGAGGUCGAACAUUAAGGACAAUGUGGAGAUGAUAAAGCUUCAGAAACAACUGGCUGAUAAAGGAAAUGCUUUCACUGUGCUGGAGGGAAGAUUCCUUCAAUUACAAGAGUGCCAGAAGACCCUGAAGGCUAGCCAUGACAAAGCGAUGGUGAAAGUGGAUGAGCUGACGGGACAGCUGAAAGAAGAGAGGCUGAGGAGUCUGGGCCUGGAGAAGCAGUUACAAACUAAAGCACUGCAGGAGAGGAGGACUUCCGAGUUGUUUGAGCAAAUUCGAGAUUUGGAGAAGGAGAGAGACUUGCUCAAAGAGAACUGUGACAAGUUAAUGAACAGCGCCUUUGACGUUAGUCAUGAGCAGAAGUGGAAGACAAGAGAGCAGCAGCUCAAACUGCAGAUUGCUCAGUUGGAGAUGGCACUGAAAUCUGACCUCACCGAUAAAAACCAAAUCCUGGACAAGAUUAAGGCAGAGAGAGAUUUAAAUGAGAAGCUGAUAAAGGAGAGUAAAGAACUUCAACGGAGCUAUCUGGAACAGAAACAACAGUUAGAUGAAAUAAAAGAUCGCAUGAAGUUCUUUACAAAGGAGAGUGAAAUAGAUGCUGCUGAACUCAGUGAAGCGCUGAUGCACAUAAAGGUGCGUAAAACACAGAAGAAUGGAGAUUUGGGUUUCCUGGAAAAAGUAGAAGAGGAGGUUCAAAUAGAUGCAGAACGCUCACUGAAAGAACUCCAAGCCACUUACGCUGAAACUGUCCAAGAGCUGGAGAAGACAAGAAACAUGCUCAUCAUCCAGCACAAGAUCAAUAAAGACUACCAGGCUGAAGUUGAAGCAGUUACACAAAGGAUGAAUGAUCUGAAGCUGGACAAUGAACUUAAACAGGAGAAACUGGCCCAGCUCCUGGACAUGAGAGCUGCAAAGAUAAAGAAACUUGAAGCCCAAUUGAAAGACAUUGCCUAUGGUACCAAGGCCCACGUUUUCCGACCUGACAUCACAGACGAUGAUGUGGCUGAUGAGUUUGAUGAAACAGUACACCUGUCUCGAGGGGAGAACCUUCUGGAGAUCCACCUUGGCACUGCACGCUUCAGUCCUGAGGUUCUGAUCAGUCUAGGUGACAAAGACCCCUCCACUUUCUGCACUUAUGCCUUUUAUGAUUUCGAGCUGCAGUCCACGGCUGUGGUGCGAGGGCAGCAGCCAGAUUACGAUUUCACCUCCCAGUACCUUGUGAAGGUGGAUGAGCUCUUCCUGCACUACAUCCACAACAACUCUAUCACUGUGGAAGCACAGCUGGCCGAGGGCCUAACUUUCCACACCAUAGCUGCAGGACAGAUACGGCUGAGUCAGGUGCUGGAGAGGGAUGGGAAAGUGUUUGGUACCCUGCAGCUCAUAGGGGUUAGUGGUGAGAUCCGAGUUUUUGGCACUCUGGACUACUGGCUCAGAUUGAGGGUUCCUAUGGAGCAAGCCAUUCGCCUGUAUAAGGAGAGAGUCAAAGCUCAGGGUUAUCUCAACUCCAGUGGUAAAGACCAGAGCCAGGCUUCAACUUCCCAUCUCUCCAGCUCUUCAAGUAAGGAUGGAAACCCAAAUGAACUCUACAUCACUAUACGCCGUUGCAGUAAGCUAAAAUCGAGAGGACCGCAUAUACAGCCUAAUCCAUACGUCAUUUACAAACUCUAUGAUUUCCCUGACCAUGACACACCAAUCAUUCCCUCCACCAAUGAGCCGCAGUUUGAGGAUCACAUGACUUUUCCCAUGUCCAUGAACUCUGACCUUGAUUCAUAUUUGAAGGCAGAGACUUUAACUCUAUAUGUGUUUGAUGACCUGGAUUUUGGGGAUCAGCUCUACCUGGGCAAAGCCCAUGUGCCGCUUAUAUCCCUGGCUCAUGAUAAGGCAAUCACUGGUACAUUUGAACUAACAGACCCAGCUGGUCUGCCCAGUGGUUACAUAGAUGUGACUCUUAAAUGGAAGUUUACGUACUUGCCUCCUCCUGGCUUGGCGACAACAGCAGAGCAGGCCAAGUUUAUCACCAAAGAGGCUCCAAUCAAGCUAGCAACUGAUGAAUCUGGAAAUAUGAAUCGAGUUGAAGUGAAGGAAAUUAUUCCAGCUACGACCCCUUUGCCGAAGCCGAGAUUGCGUAUCCUUACAAAACCAGAUGCUAAAAAAGUUUCAUUCUCCAAUGUGACAGAGCCUGAAAUCCAGAAGGGAGGAACUACUCCCCCCAGUGGUGAUCAGGAGAACAAGCCCUCUACUGUUACAACAUCAAAGGAGACUGUCAGAGUGGUUGAGGUGGGCCAGACCUCUGCACUUACAGAGGAAGAAGAUGAGUCACAUUUUUCAGAGGGCCAGGUAAUCGCAGUGGGCUCUCAGUCUGUAUCUGACGACUCUGAGAUCUCUGAGGAGCUGGAAGAGUCAAAAAAUGACAUCCAGCCAGCAGAAUGCUCGGAUCUGAGUGAAUCGAUCCUUUCAGACAGCGAUGACUGCAUCGUGCCUGCUCAGUCUUCCCAGGCCAGGAAACAGCCAUCUGAGCGGAUCCGCGUGGAGAUUGUUUCUCUGAAUCUGAAGCCAGACUCCAGGGUCUCUGCGGACUCUAGUGUGGUCAGGCUGUUUGUGGAGUAUAAUUUCCUGGACCUGCAUUCAGAGGAGACGCCACUGUCACUGCCCAAACCGCUGCCUGGACACAGCAUCUACUACAACUACAGCCACGUGAUCCAUGUGGAUGUGGAGAAUAACCAGGCCAGGCGUCACAUGCUUCGAGCAAUACUAGAAGGCAGGAACAGAAAGCUGGAGAACAUCAGGUUCACGUUAGUGAGUGACCCGCCUGAGGAAGGGGAGCAAGAAAAAGAGUGUGAGGACGUGGGCGUGGCCUAUUUUCGGAUCUCUGACAUUCUGAAGAAGCAGAGGGACAUGAUAGACGUCAGCCUCGACAUUGUGGAUGUGCAGGACAGCACUGAAGUAGUGGGGACUCUGAAAGUGACUGUAGAAGCUCUGGAGGCUCUCAGGUCCAUCAUGGAGGAUCCAGACCAUGAUCACUCUAAGCUCCAGACGGAAAGAUAAUUGCAGAAAAACAGCAUUAAACUUCCUGAUGAAGCAGUCAGAAGGAUUGAUGUGAAUAAAUCAGGUGAAGUUAGUGGGUUUGUUUACAAUGCAAGGUCAGAGCCAGGCAAAAUCAGAAUUGUGGAUCUCUCAUGUGUCUUGAAUAAAACCAAAGGAAAAACUGUGAUAAAAUUGUCACACACCGAGAAUCACCAAUUUAUGACUUAAUGUUCAUGUUUAGGUAUGUUAAAGUAUAUUUAUAUUUUCAUCUAGUAAGGAAGUUAGUUAAAAAAUAAUAAUUUCUGUCUCCUAGCUGAGGAAACAGCAUUGAUUUGUUUUACAUAAUCCUCUAAAACAACAAAAGGCGAUAAUAACAGGCAUCUCAAAUACCCUUCCAAAUGAAUAGUAUCGAAGGGCUUUGCUUCAUUCCCCCCACAGUGUGACAUUCAUUAUGAUAUGAGUAUUUCUCUGUGGGUCUAAAGCCUCUAGUGCUCAGUUUGAUCUGCUGAUGAUGUUUAGCACAUUAAUAACCGCUUAAUGAAAAGCCUGUUAAGUCUUAUUAACCGCUGUGUGCUACACGGCUGUUUUUAUAUUGAAGAUGUGGAAUGGAAUCUAACUGAAUUUAAUGGGAUUUAACCCAUCUCUUUAAAAUGCUAAUGCCCAUUUUCACGCACAUUGCCUCAUAGCGUACAUGCUCUCUCUAUGCUGAACGCUCGCUGGUUCUGCUACUGGAUUCUUCUGGACUUCACUUGCUUUGGAACAUAACAUUUCUAGGCUUCACUUAUGACCUUUCCGUUAAGAGAAUAGUAUUAUAUUUUUGUACAGGACCAUUAUUUUCGUAUAAGAGCACAAAUAAAACUAGUCAUAUUUAUUCGAACCUUUUUCACUACUAUUUUUUAGAGAUUGUUUUACAGAAUUAGAAUUGUCAGUAUUUCUAAAUGUAUUUGAUAUUUAUUAGCUGUUAUAUGGUGCAGUUUCAUUAAAAAAAAAGUUCUGUGUUAAGUUUUGCUUCUUGCCUGUCACUGUUAGUACAUAUGCACAUAUAUGUUUAUUCACCUGACUCAUUAGUAUAGCUAGCAACUGUAUGCUCAGAGUGUUUAACGGAUUUGGCCUGCUGCACCGUAUGUCAGUCAGUCUAACUGAUCCGUGGUAUUGACUGACAUGGUGUGUGAGCUCUUUAUGUGUUUAGUCUGGCCUCAUCAUUAGCUCUGCUCAGGAGCUGAUCAAUAGCAUCGAUCACUGCUGGCCGGCACUGCCUCUGAAAUAUUCUCCUCCACCCCGAACACAUGCAAAUAACCCUGCCACCUGAAAAGAAAUAGAGAAAAAAAAAACACAAGCAGAGGUGUCCCAAGCGGUCUCAUUAGGCAUUCAGAGUUAAGACGUGGGGCGGGUCAUGUUGUCAUGUGCAGAUGAUUGGAGCACAGCCCUUUGACAGCUGAGACAGGCGGGUGGGUGGCCUCAUGGCCCCUUCUCUUCUUUUGGCCCAUCUGUCAUUUUACACUGAGCUUUCUUGCCAUUGAGAGGAAACUGUAUAGUACUAGUCCUCAAUUAGGCAUGUUAGCUACAAGAGGGAAAUGUCACUUUCAUGACAGGGAUAACCCCUGAGUCCACCAAGGCCACUUACUACAGCCAGAUCCCAAAUGAGCCUGGACUGGGACUAGUCACUGAAAUAACAAGUUUGAAGCAAGUGUCAUCGUGCAUUUAAAUUGAUUCUGUGUAUAUUCCUUGUCUAGAUUCAUUUCACCGCUCUCCUCAUGUCUUCCCUCGUACAUGUUUUCAUUCCAUCUAAAAGGCAACAGAAGCUCAAGCCUCAAACUUCAAAAUCUCACCUCAUGUGUGAGAGUGCUGAUAAACAUGAGUAGACCCUGUGCUCGGGUGCACACUUUGAAUGGCAGUGUCUUAUGUCAGGACAUUUUUGCUCUUCAUGAAUUGGUAAUGGUCUCAUUUCAAGAUAUGUCACGUGUACCUAAAUAGACAGUAUAGGAGUGCUUUCCGUGUUUCUGCAGCCGACAGGCCCAGUGCGGGCAAUGGUGCAUGAUGUUAGCCUUUCACUCCUGUCUCCCUAAUCUGCCACCUCUGACCUCUGGUCCUGUAUUUAGUGCCCGCCAUGGUUUUGAGUGACUGCUCCCUCACCAGCCACAGCGAUGUACUCGUCUGAGUGUGACUGGAUGAAGCUCUCGCCUGUCUCAGGCUUUCAUUACGCUGUGUGCGCUGCUGCCCACCAGCCAGUACUUCUUCACUGCAGGCCUGUCAACCACAUGAUCAGGGGUGCAUGAAGACGUGACCUCGCUCUCCCUUGCUUCUGUAUUGGAAUAUAGGCAGAUUUUCACUCGCGUCAGGAAAAAAAGGAAUUCAGAUAAGCUGCGCUGAGGGGAAAUGUGGAAAGAUGUCUGUGCUCGGUUAAACCUUACAACCCAUAGUUUAACUGAUGUACAAGAACUAAAGGAUUAAAAUACUGAGUGCUGAGAAUUAAAAACAGAAUUAAUCAAAAAGAUGUAUUGAAAAGUGUGAUCUAGAAAAUAACAGAGAUCCCUCUCAUUUUAUCAACCCACCACUGCAAAGUUCUAGCAGAAAGAUGUCCAUGCAGCCAGUAGGUGGCGUGUGAACAUCGCUCUUGUCAUAUUGCAGCCCACACGUUCAGUCUCACUUUCUCCACGACUCACUGAUCCUGAGGCGUUAGAGCGGGAGCUUUUUCCGUCAUAGGGCACAGUGUAAUCUCUUAACCUCUUGCCCAGUCAGCUUUCCUCCCCUGUGUGUCAGCCCUGUUACCUGCCCUGAUAUACCGUAAUAAUUAGCUAAAUAGAUCACUACCGUCGCCUUUAAGCUUAGCCUGCCCUUUAUUUUUAAACUGUCUCUUUGCGUGACAGCUUUAACAUUCCUUGGGUUAAAUAACUGGUUCUUGGGUCACAGGGCUUCUGACCUCGUUUUUUGGCUGGCUCUGCAUUAACAACACUUUAAUAUAUGCGCAGCAUGUCACUUCCAAAAUUACACGUUCAAUUCACCGUUGCCGUGCUCUGUUUCACUGUUAAAGUUUGACAGUUUUUAAGCUACUGUACAGGCUGUGCUUCAAAGAUUGACUGAUCUAGAUCCUUGUGGAAUAUUUAUUUUCUUGCGAGUGUACGAGUGUGUGCUCGAGCACGCUUACAUUUAGUUUGUCUCCUGUUGAGGAUUUUGUUGUGACCUUCAGUCUGGCCAGGACAGCGCUUCUCAGAGCAGCGUUUAAGCGUAUUGAUUCCAGCUAACAUAAAAAUACACUUAUUGAGAGGCUGUUAAAAGCAUUAGCAUCUUCCUGAUAGCACUUACACUCCAUAAUGUCAGACUACUAAGAGUCAUUGUGUGUUGAGCUUAAAAACUGUGAAGCACUGUCUCUUAAUCAAUGCUUUUCUCACUCUAUAUCCUUACUCACGUACUGUUCUUCUGAAGAUAACCUCCUUAACACCCAAUAACGUUUUCCACCUGAGAGAAUCUUAUUUGCAAAGAGGAAUGGAAUCAAUAGUAUUUUGCUACACAGAAAAAAAAGAAAAUUGAAGCACAUUUAUUUUGGAUUGAGUGUUACAUUUAUGGUUUUUAAUUGCGAAUUAUUGAAUGGAGCCAAAUCUUUUUUCUCUUCGAUGGACCAUCAUCCGUGUAUCCCCCUUAGAUUGUAGGUGAGUGUGUAUGUGUAUGUGUGUACGGGAGAGUAACCACUUUUAAGUGAUGUAUUAGCUGGUAAGCAGGGCUCUGUGUUCUGUACAGUUCUCUCUCUCUCUCUCUCUCUCUCUCUCUCUCUCUCUCUCUCUCUC